AUGAAAUAUAAUAUUAAAUUACUAUCAAUAUUUGUGAUAUUAUCAGUUUACAGUUGUAGUAGUACUAAUGUAGAUGCUAAAAACACUAAACAAUAUAUUAAUUUCUUACCAACAGGUUGUGGUCACAACCUAGAUUAUGGAUAUGCUGCACCUUUUGACGGAUGUAUUACAGAUAUCGAUAACAAUGUUGCUUACAGUUUCGACUAUAUUUCAUGGGAUAUAUAUUUAAUAAACACUCACGACUUGUUGGUGCCAGACUGCCAAGGUUCUGUAAUCAAUAAGACAACUGUUAGUGGUAAUACUUGUUUCCAAUUACCAUAUGGUCCACCAACAUCAUUCUACUUUACAUAUACAGAGAAAAACUUUAUCAAUCAUUUGGAUGGCAUACAGUUAACCUAUUACUCUCAACCGAAUUGCGGAGGAUCAAUCGCUUUCUAUGCUUUCUUUAAGAAUGGAUACACCGACACCAAACUUGGAUACCAAUAUGAGUGUAUCAAUAAUAUACCAAAUGUCUCUGUCAAUAGUUACUACGCACCAUCAACCUUCCCAUUGAAUUGUGACUGUUUCUCGCCAGAUGAAGGUCUUCAAAUUAGUAAUUUCAAUGCAACAUGUGUAAAUUCAAAAUAA